CCACGCACGGACCGGAGGCCCCGCCGACAGGGAGGCCCCGCCAGCGGACAGGCCGGCGGAGCCAGGGCCGCCUCAGACAAAGGGGACCCGCCGUCGCCGCCGCCGCCGCCUAAGCCCUCGCCCCCCGACCCCGCCGCCAUCCCCCGGCCGCUGCCAGGGCGACUCUGAAUAUGUCGGGCAUCGCGCUCAGCCGACUGGCCCAGGAGAGGAAAGCUUGGAGGAAAGACCACCCGUUUGGAUUUGUGGCAGUGCCGACCAAAAAUCCAGACGGGACGAUGAAUCUCAUGAACUGGGAGUGUGCCAUUCCUGGGAAGAAAGGGACACCGUGGGAAGGAGGGUUAUUUAAGCUGCGGAUGCUUUUUAAGGACGACUACCCAUCUUCGCCACCGAAAUGUAAAUUCGAACCACCGCUAUUCCACCCAAAUGUGUAUCCUUCAGGCACGGUGUGCCUGUCCAUCUUAGAGGAGGACAAGGAUUGGCGGCCAGCAAUCACAAUUAAACAGAUCUUGUUAGGAAUACAGGAGCUUCUAAACGAACCAAACAUCCAAGACCCAGCGCAAGCAGAGGCGUACACAAUCUACUGCCAAAACAGAGUUGAAUACGAAAAGAGGGUCCGAGCACAAGCCAAGAAGUUUGCCCCCUCAUAAGCGUCAACCUUGUGACAUCCUGAGAAGGAAGGGAUCGGUUUGGCAAGAACUUGUUUACAGAAUUUUUUGCAGAAUCUAAUGUCGCUCUGUACAAUUACUCUUCACUUUGGGCGGGGGGGGGGUGGGUGGGGGGAGGGAGGGAAGCUCUAUGUGUGUGCCAUUUCUCCAUUUUCGCCACUCGUUCACAGUUCGGAACCUCGCUGAAUCGCCCCCAGUCUUUUCAUACAGGGUCUCUUCCUUCAGUCUUUUUGUAUUUUUGAUUGUUAUGUAAAACUUGCUUUUAUUUUAAUAUUGAUGUCAGUAUUUCAACUGCUGUAAAAUGAACUUUUAUACUUCUACAAAAUUCCCUAGUAUCUCCUUUCCUUUGCCCUCCCCCCACCGCCACCACUGAUGCAGGCAUGCUUUAAAAACGUUUAGAAUAAUAUUUAGCCUCUAGCUGGCUGUAGGGGAAUGAAAAUUCAUACUCUGCCCUCCCUCCCCCUCCUUCCCCUCCCGCCCCCAGCCCUCCCUCAAUUUUGUUUUCUUCCUAUCUUUCAGAAACUAGGUUGUAUCGCUUAUGAGCCUCAGAGAUCCAAACUCAGCCAGCGUCUUACUUCUGCAUCACCUCCUUUGUGUUUAUAUGGCGUUCUGUCUGUGUUGCUGUUUAGAGUAAAUAAACUGUUUAUAUAAAGGUUUCGGUUUCAUGAUCUUCAUUAAAGUGAGCGCAAGAGAGAGGCCUCCCGGGUCGGGCUGGGCCCAGUCACCCGGCACGGGGCGGAAAAGCUCGUCCGUCGGUCGGCCUGCCGGACCCUCCCCCCGAAAACCUCCGCAUCCAAGCCGGGGAUGGGCGGGAGGGGUCCGGCUCCGGCACGGAGAGACCGCGAGCCCCGGACGCCAAGGGGGCCCGCUGCUGCCCUUGAACAGGGCGAGGCCCUGGGGGCCCCCAGAACGGCAAGCCUCCUCCGUGGUCCGGCCCGGCCCGUGGGGCCGCACUCCCCUUCCUCCGUCUUGCCGCAGCCUCCUCUUCCUUUCCUCCGGAGAGAGCUUCGCCCGGGACUCACGAUGGACUCUACCGGCAGCGGCCGGGCGGCGGCGGGGGAAGACCGCCCCGGCCCCGCCGCAGCCGGCCACGGAGUCCAGGCCUCGCUGUGGCGCCCCGGGUGGGCCCGGCGGCCCAUCUCCUUGGCCCAGGACGGCUCGCUCCGGACCUCCCGGGGGUCCAGCAGCUCCCAACACUAAUGGGAGCCGCCCCUGAGACCCGGGCCUGCUUCUGGGACCGGCCGUCACUGCUCCAAGCCUGCGUGGGAUGCUUCGACGGGACCUCUAGGCCCGUGCACGCCGUAGUCCAGAUGGGGCCGGACACUGGCAUCCGGAAGAGGUCCCUCGGCCCUCCUGUGACUUCCCUGAGAUUAUUCCGAAAAGACGGUGUCGGGCACCGGGGAAGCCGUCCUUCCUUUGACCUUCCCUGCGACACAGUGGUGAGCAAUUCCCUGGGUCGGUGGGCGUCCGGCGGGCCGUGGGCACCAGGCGGGGUGGCGCCCCUGGGCCGGGAGCCCUGGGGGGUUUGAACAGAAGAGUUUCAAGGGACCCGGCUCCUAUUCGGCUUCCAAUGGUGUGGUUUGGGGAAACCUUAAAUCAGGCCUCCUCUUUCCCCAAAACUGUGUUUUUGAAGAGGAAGAGGGGGCAGCACUUGGAAGACGACCUCACCGUUGGGAAGGGGGCGGUCAGAAAAGGAGGGGUCUCGUGUCGCCUCCUGCAUGGGCAGCAGCGGUAGGAGCCCACUCUUCGGGAGACCGGGAGGGGGAGCAGAUAGCUAUCCGCUGCCUACGCAGAACGGAGAUAUAUAUAUAUAUAUAUAUUUUUUUGAUUCUACGGAAUUAUGCGAAAUCAGGGGUGCUGGUGCAAAUGGGGAGGGGACGAAGGGCUCAGCCGAGGGGGCUUUUUCCCCACCGGUUCCGGGGGCAGAGGUCGACGCUGCCGUGGUUUGUCUCAGCCCAUUGGAGGCAGGAGAUCUGGGUGCGAAAGGGGGGGCAUCAAGCCCCCCCCGCCCAACAUUGGGGACACAGUUUGCUCUCGACCCCCGCCCUUCCCCCACCGUCCCCUGAGGAAAUCUGCGGUGCAGGUGGCCUGGCCCUUUUUGAGUCUCGGCCUUUGGUUAAAGUGGAGGUGGGCAGUGAUUCAGUUCAGGUCUGCCAUUGGAGCUGUGAGUGCCUUUGCUUGCUAGCCGUCUCUUUUGUAACGCUCCCCGCCUCCUCCGUCUGUUGUCCGCGACUUAUUUAUGAUACGGAUGAUUUCACGUGGAUGAUUCCGCCAGAUUGUAGGUCGGACGCCUGCACCCAGAAUGUCUUAUUUUGUAACGACAGAACUAAACCUAGUAAUAGUCGAACAUGUACAUGGUUAAUAUAUAUGGAAAUACGAUAUAUUUUAUAGUUAAAAGUAUUCUAAAGUCAGUCGAUGUUUCUAGCAAAAUGUAGUGACUCGAAGGUAAUGUUUUUGUACCACAAUUCUCGGUGUGACUCUUGUAACACAAGGCUAUGUUACUUGACCGUCCCGUAUGUUAAGUGUGAGGGGAAAGAUUGUCAGCGUGAGGCUCCUAUAGCAAGGAAUUGUGGGAAUAGAUAACCACUGUAUCAGACGCCUCUAAUUAAAAAAUUUCCACAAAACUGA